ACUCUUGACAUUUUCUGGAGGGAAAGAGAAAGGAAGAGAAGGUCGCAUGAAAUUUUCUGAAAGGUUUCCCUGGUCCUGACAAUUCGUCACCGCCUGUCACGGUUGUCUUCCUUAUCACUCUCUCUGAUAGUUAACAAAAGAAUCUUUUCGUCUUAAAUUUCGAUUCCCGGAGCGAUCUCUCUCUAGUAAACGCCAUGAAAAACUUCCCCAAAAGAUACGUUUCUUUACAGAAAAACCUUCCAAUCCUAGCCCUUUUUCACUUCACCUUUCUACACAGCCGAACCAUCUCCUCCGAUGAUGGCUGGCCAAAGCCUUACACGCCUCAUGACAACAUUUCUCUUGAUUGUGGCUCCACGGGCAACAACACUGAUCUUGCUGGCCGGUCCUGGCUUGCUGAUAGCACCAUUUAUUUAGAUCGGUCAAAUAAGGUAUCAGUAAUCUCAAGUUCUCCAACAAAGGGAGACUCCAUACCUUACAGAACAGCUCGCCUGUCUCGAUCUCAAUUCAGCUACUCGUUUACAGUCACACCAGGACCAAAAUUCAUUCGCCUUCACUUUUAUCCAACUUCAUACCAAGAAUUCAAUCGCUCAAAGGCCUCUUUUGAUGUCCAUAUUGGUCGUUACACCCUCCUAAGAAACUACAGCGCUGCCCUCACAGCUGAUGAUCUUAAAUCUGAGGUCUUUUCUAGAGAAUUUUGCAUAAAUGUUGAUGACCAAAAGCUGAACAUAUUGUUCACUCCAAAUACUCGUAUGCCAGAUUCUUAUGCUUUUAUCAACGGAAUCGAAAUCGUUUCCAUGCCCAACAAUCUUUAUUACUCUGCAGAAGAUGAUUCAGGGUUCAAUUUUGUAAAUCAGGUGAACCCGUACCACAUCUUGAAGAACCAGGCUCUUGAGACGGUAUAUCGACUAAAUAUUGGCGGAAGCUCCAUUUCACCUGCACAAGAUACGGGUAUGUAUAGGAGUUGGUCUGAGGAUGAUGAAUAUUUGACUAAUGGUGAACGCAGUGUUCUUCCUGUUAACCUUAGAGUGAACCCCAGUUUCAGUGUGAUACCAAAUUACAGUUCCCCAGUCUCAGUCUAUAGAACGGCCAGGACUAUGGGGACCAACAAAACUGUAAACGAGAACUAUAGACUCACUUGGGAAUUUAGAGUUGAUUCUGGCUUCACUUACUUUGUCAGGUUACACUUUUGUGAAUUUCAGGUAGAAAUAACAGAGCCUGGUGACAGGGUGUUUCAGAUUUACAUAGACAAUAUUGUGGCUGAACCUCAAGCGGAUGUAAUUUCUUGGGCUGGUGGAAGAGGGGUGCCAGUCUACAGAGAUUACGCUGUGAUGAUUGGUAGAGCAGGAACCGAAAAGAAAAGAAAUCUAUCUAUUGCACUUCACCCUGCCCCAGCUUGGAGGACCAAAUAUUCUGAUGCUAUCUUGAAUGGGGUUGAAAUUUUCAAAUUGAGCAACGAUGGCAAUCUUGCAGGACCCAACCCUGACAGAAUUCCUAUCAGGCCGCCUGACAACUCUCUUUCACCAACAACAAUGCCACAGAAUAAGCGCACAACAAUAUUUCCCAUUGUUAUUGGUGUUUUCUCUGGCUAUGCUGCACUUUCUCUUCUAUGUUUCUUGAUUUUCCGCCCGAAAUCGAGAGUUGAAGGCUCCGGGUCCAGCGAAGGAUCUUCAUCGCGGUACCCAUUUGGAUCUUCAUUACGGUGCCCAUAUUCUUACAAGGAUUACUAUUCAUUGGAUGGUAGCGGUUAAGUGUACAGUAGGGUUGGUAAACAUUCCAAAAAUACACGUUGUCCAGAUAAGUCGAGGUGGGAUCUCUGAUAAAGUGCUUGCUCAGUUUUAGUAGUCUAGUUUGUUACUAUUUUACCAUUUUAUUAACUGUUUGAGUCAACUAAAUUUGUGUUUCACUUUAUAUUUUAUAAAACGUUAUUAGCACAAUUUUCUAAUA